AUGGUAGGCCUCCGAGCAACUGCCGCUUCUCUGCUGGCUCUGGCCGCUCUAUGCGGCUCGGUUUCUGCCCAUCCUGGCGAGCACCGCAACGCAGCGAAGCUGAAGCGGAGCGUAGAGAUAGCCCGUCGCGCCGAUGAGAACGCGGAUCAGAUCAUCGCAAGAUGCCAGCAUACAAAUAUCGCCAAGGCGAUGAAGGAAAGGGCAGUAUUGCGUCGAGCUGCCAAGGCACGGGAGAUGAGGGAACAACGCGGACUAGAAGAGAGUCGCAUGAUUGCCAGGAGGGACCAGGAGGACCUUGACCAGUGGAUGCAAACUUGCCACAAUCAGGGUGAUAAGCACCAGUAUGACAAGUCAACUCCCAUCCACACCAUAUUCGGGUCAAACGUGACCACAGGACUGGCCCCUGAGACCAUCAUCGGCCCGUACUGGGUCGAAGGAGAGUUCAUUCGCACCAAUAUAUUUGAGAAGCAGGACGGCAUUCCUAUCCACCUCGACCUGCAGUUUGUCGACGUCGCGAGUUGCGCUGCCGUCCCCAACAUGCUGGUUGACGUCUGGCACGCAAAUGCGACCGGCGUUUACUCGGGCGUAACCAGUGGCGGCGGCCUGAACUCAACCUUCAGCCGAGGGGUCCAGAUCACGGACAUCGACGGAGUGGUGCAAUUCGACUCCGUCUUCCCGGGCCACUAUCUCGGGAGGACGAACCACAUCCACGUCACCAGCAACAGGGGUGCCACGCUGCUCGAGAACGGCACGUAUACUGGUGGCAAAGUCAACCACAUCGGCCAACUGUACUUCGACCAGGAGCUGGCCAGCAUGAUCGAGACGAUGCCGCCGUACUCCAACAACAUGAUGAAGCUGACGACGAACGCCCAAGAUUUCCUGACGGCGCAGCAGAGCAGCCGAGAGUAUGACCCGUUCCUCGACUAUGUGCUCCUGAGCGAGAACCCGGCCGACGGAAUCCUGAUGUGGAUCACGAUUGGCGUCAAUACCACCGCUGACCAGAGUCAUCUGGUCUCAGCUGCGUCUCAUUACUACAAAGAGGGCGGCAAAGAAAACCCAUCACCUUGGGGGAACAUUUCUUUUCCGGGCAAUUUCACCUUUCCCGCCGGAGGGUUCCCAGGCGGCGGGUUUCCGACUGCCCUCCCUCCAGGAUUCACACCUCCUCCCGGCAUGCCACCGUUCCCAACCGCCAGCGGCCCAACGCCAACACCGACCAAAUUCUGGGGCCCUUGUAUGAAGAAACGUGAAUAA